CAAUCUUCCUCAGACGGUCCAAAUAGUUCCCUUCCUGUAUUAUUGAACAGAGAAAGUAAAAGCUAAUUAAGCAGAGAAGGACAUGUCCAAUCCCCACAUGACCCCAAAAGCCAAAGCAAAGCCAAAGUCGACCUUUUCUGCAUCCAAAAUCCCAGAAACCCAAUAUUUUUAAAAGCCCUGAAUGUGAAUGUGACAGAGUCACUCUGUCUCAGAAAAUCUAACGCCUUCUCGUUUACGUUUCUCAUUCUCACGCUUCUUCGUCUUCUUCUCUUUCUUUUCCGAUUCGGGUCAAUUUGACACCCCCACCGACUCUGCUGCCUUCCCCAUUUUUGGCGGGUUCCAAUUUUGGGCUCGUAAUUGGUUCCCACCCAAAUUGGAAGUUUCAGGGUUUUUGGAUUCGAUCCCAAUCCGAUCGGAGUUUGAUUUGACCGAAAGCACAAGGCUUUGAGAGAACCAAUGCCUCAGGAUUUGCCGUCGGACCAGGAAACGGACGAUGCCGAAGCUGAGUUCGUUGAAAUUGAUCCCUCUGGUCGUUACGGACGGUAUAAAGAGGUUUUAGGCAAAGGGGCUUUCAAGAAAGUAUAUAGAGCGUUUGAUGAAUUGGAAGGAAUUGAAGUAGCUUGGAACCAAGUUAAGGUGGCAGAUCUAUUGCGCAACUCUGAAGAUUUGGAGCGCCUUUAUUCGGAAGUUCAUUUGCUCAAGACUUUGAAGCACAAGAACAUUAUUAAGUUUUACAACUCUUGGGUUGAUACCAAGCAUGAAAAUAUCAACUUCAUUACAGAGAUUUUCACUUCGGGAAACUUGAGGCAAUACCGGAGGAAACAUAAGCACGUUGAUUUGAGGGCACUAAAAAAGUGGUCUAGGCAGAUCUUAGAAGGCCUUCUGUAUCUUCACCGGCAUGACCCCCCAGUUAUUCACCGAGAUUUGAAGUGUGACAACAUUUUUGUCAAUGGGAACCAGGGUGAGGUGAAAAUUGGUGACUUAGGACUGGCUGCUAUUCUUCGCCAGGCUCGUUCAGCUCACAGUGUUAUCGGUACUCCUGAGUUUAUGGCGCCAGAGCUUUAUGAAGAGGAAUAUAAUGAGCUUGUUGACAUUUAUGCCUUUGGCAUGUGCUUAUUAGAGUUGGUGACCUUUGAGUAUCCUUAUGUUGAGUGUACUAAUGCUGCUCAGAUAUUCAAGAAAGUGACAUCAGGAAUAAAGCCAGCAUCAUUGUCAAAAGUGACAGAUCCCGGAGUAAAAGCAUUUAUAGAAAAAUGCAUUGUGAAAGUAUCUGAUCGUUUGCCUGCUGAGGCACUUUUGAUGGAUCCUUUUCUUCAGUCAGAUGGGGAUCGUGAAAGUAUACCUCAUUCUCUUCAACCCAGAGCUCAUUAUCCAGAAGGCACUUCUGAUCAGAAUGUUGGUGUGGAUUCUGAAAUGAGUAGAGACUUCACGGUACAAGGCCAGAGGAAAGACGACACAAUAUUUCUGAAACUACGAAUAGCAGAUUCUACAGGUCAUUUUCGAAAUAUCCACUUUCCAUUUGAUAUUGGUGAAGACACUGCAAUUGCUGUUGCUAGUGAAAUGGUUCAAGAGUUGGAUCUGACAGAUCAAGAUGUUUCAACAAUUGCUGAACUUAUUGACUCUGAGAUUCAAUCCCACAUUCCAGAUUGGAUUUCUGGAGAUAAUCUUGAUGUUGAUGUGUCAACUUCUAAUAGCCCAGUUUCUGACUUUAAGGAGGAUGCUUCUUCCCCGAUAAGUGAGAUCAGUAAUCUAGCAUUCGAAAGAUUGCCUUCAGGCCGCAAGUAUUGGUCCGACUCUCCCAAGGCAGGUAAUGGAAACUCUCCAGUGAAGCAUGGUUAUUCCAACUUGCAGUCUCCAGCGGGAUCAGACAAUACAAGAGGCACCGAUGACAAUGAUAAAUCUCCUGGUAGUCAAGAAAAAUCUCCUCGAAACGAAGACGAUCCAAAUGGUGCAGAAAACUCUGGUUCACUGAAUGGCGAUAGUCUUGAUGCUUCUAUUGAUCUACAUAAUAGAAAUGGAGCUCAUUUAUUUGAACCAGAAGAAGUCAAGAUCAUUGUUGAGAAACUUGAGAAGCUAUUGGUGCAACAGCAAAAGGAGCUAGAUGAACUCAAAAGGAAGCAUGACUCAGAGAUAUCAGAUGUCUUGCAUGAACUACCUCCAGCUUUCUGUCAAAAGGUUUUAGAUAAUUGUAAGUUAAAGAUUUCAGACUCUAGAAUGCACCAUGAGGCACACUGCUAAACCAAGAACUCAGGAGAUUCAGGUUCUUUUUGCUAGGUCAUGUCUCUAGUUUCUAGUGCUUGGAUGAUGGAUAUAUAGAUUUUUUCUAGUUUGCCGGUAACAGAUUGUACAAACCUCAGAGAUAUUUUAUACAUGAGUAAGUUGGGAAGCAUGAGCUAGUACUAGUUUGAAAAACAAUCAAGAUUGUUAUCUAGAUCAGGUUUGAGAGCGAGUCCCGUGAAGCCCUAAGGAUCCGGCACUUCGAUUCCCACGAAUUAUGUGAUUCUACCGAGGAAGGUAUUGGUUUGAUCAGUCACAUACCUUUGUAAUAUUAGUAUAUGCCUUGAUAUCAACAUGCUAUCCCUGACUUAAUAGUGUGAUACGGGUGAUCAAAAUUGGUUGCAGUGUAUCCUAUGUACAGAUAAUUCAUUUCCUUAAUUUGAGUUUCACCUCGAAUCAGACUUGCUUCUGA